AAAUUACUUGGUCAAUAAUUACACCAUCUACUUGGGACUGGAUUGGAUUGUAUGAAGACGAUGACAAAUCAAAUCAAGAAUGCCUCAACGGGCAUUGGUUCUAUAUAGGUAAUCAUGGCAACAGGUCGACUCUUCCUGACGGUCGAUAUGUAUAUUCUGGCAGUUAUUGGAUUGGAACCGUUUCUGGAAUGAAUCAGAUCAGGCUAAAUACCUAUGAAUAUUACGGAGUAUACAAAACUUAUUCAUAUGCCAAUGUAUACAAUCCUGCAUUUACAUACUUUGAUGAAAAUCGGGUUAAUUUACUUCCUGGAUUGAAACAUUUAUUUGAUAGACACAAAGUUCAUUGGGGAUUUACCGAAAAUGACCGUUGGAAUAAUCAAAACAAGGAAAACCCUUCAAGAGUUUAUUCACAGAAACUUAAGCAAUUUAAUCUUGCAUCUCACCAAUGUGUCAUAAUUUAUCGUGGAGGAGAUAAAGAUUAUCAAUUAUGGUCCGGAUGGAAACUAAGUAAUGCUCAAUAUAAGUAUGUAACGAAGUCACCAUUCAAAUUACGUGCAGUUGUACUUACGGUAUAUGAAGAUAUCCUUGAUGAAAUUGCCAACUCGGAAGGGGAAAGGGACGAUUUACUUAGACGAUAUUUAAAAGUUUACUUGAAUGAUAAAAACAGUUAUAGAAGAGAAGAAUAUAAUCAAAUUGCAGAAUUUUUUGAACUGGCUGAAGGUUACAUUCCAUUAUCGUUCGAAGGAAGAGAUGAAAUUACACCAGAUGACGAUUAUGAACUCGAUUAUGAAAAAAUUAAGAAGAAGGCAGAAACUAUUUUGGGAGCACUUGAAAAAUUAGCAAUUUGA